AUGAGUAAUAUUACUCCUUUGGGACAUUACUGAGAACUCUGGGUGACUGUGUUGUGGGUGUGUAUGUCUAGUACUGUAUCAGUUUCCCAGUUGCUGUCUCUCUUCCAUCUGUCAGAAUGCCAUCAGAUUGACAUCCCAACUGGACUCAGAACCCCCCACCCCUCUACAAUCAUAUUAUAUACACACACACAGACACGCACGCACGCACACACACACACACACACACACACAUACACACACACACACACACACACACACACACACACACACACACACACACACAUGAGCAUGCCUUUCACAGGUACAUGCAUACAAUAAGAAAAGCUUUCUCUCACUUAUUCCUUUCAUAACAUAAAAGAGUAGAAUGUUUCUUUUUACAAUGUGUUUUCACCUCUGUCUCUCCUUUUCUCUCUCUCUCUCUUUGUACAGACACGUUCCAGUCUCUGCUAUCCUUCAAUCUGAACCUGACCACUGCUCUGUUUGACAGUGUGUAUGAGCCCCUCUCCCAGGACGCUCGCCCCCUGGUGGCAGACCUCUUCUCCGACCUCUCUGUCUUCCUGGGAGGAGACGGCAACAACUCCAUGGAGCGCUCUGUGCACCGCUUCUACGACAACCUCUUCCCGCUGGUGUACCGCCGUCUGGUCAACCCCGGGCUGGCCUCGUCCCCGGCCUCCUCUGAGCACAGCGAGUGUCUGCGUAUGACACGCCAGGAUGUCAACCCAUUUGGGUCCCACCCCCGUGCCCUGGCCGAGGGGCUGACCCGGGCUCUGAGCGCAGGACGGGCACUGAGCCGGGGGCUGGUGAUAGGGGCAGAGGUGCUGAAUGCCACAGAGUGGGCGGGGCUGGCCAGGGAGUGUGGGCGGGCUCUGGUGAGGAUGCAGUACUGCCCCCACUGCAGGGGCCUGACCCUGAUCCGGCCGUGUGGAGGACUGUGUCUGAACGUGAUGCGGGGCUGCCUGGUGGGGCUCUCGGAGCUGGACGGGCCCUGGAGGCGCUACGUGGCCCUGCUGCAGGAGCUGACAGGGGCCCUGGCUGGGGGCCACGACCUGGAGCUGGCUCUGCUGGGCAUCAGGAACCAUGUCAAUGACGCUAUCCUGCACGCACAGCUGCAUGGGCCACGCAUCAGCGCCAUUGUGAGUCAGUGCCUCGCCCACCACUCAUACUUCACCUGUCAUAGGACUGUACUGAUAUGACACACCUCUUAAGGCCCAUGAUGACACAACUUGGGCACAUGACCAUCCCUCACACCAUUCAUUUACAUCACAGGACAAAAAAAAAAAUCUUGCUAGGUCUCAUCUGUCAUAUAAAACCUGUUCUCUUAGGUCUUUGGGUUCUCUAUUAAUGACACCCACAAAAUAACUCUCAAGACUCUUCUGUGCAGCUCUGCGGUGGGCUUCUGUGGCUGAGUGGCUGCCUGGCUGGGGGGCAUGAGGCUGGCAUGGACCCUCUCUCUUGGCUUUGGACUCAAGGGGCUGGGAGAUGGGAGGCUGGCAGGUUUCUUGGUACUUGUAAAGCAGGGGACAAGAGAAGAGAGUAGGGAGAAUUUGCUAAAUUCUACCAAAGCUGAAUGUAUCCCAGUGAGCCAAACAAACAAUACACUUUUUACUUAGAAAGACAGACAGGAUAUUAUCUCUUUGCUCACACAAAAGAGAACCUGUGGUGUAGAAAGACAUAGAUACCUAUCUGAUUCUAGCUGUUUUUCCUGAGUUAUUUAGUUUAACAGGCUUGAAUAUUAAGUUCCAGCUCCGAUGAUAAGUAGGAUUAUGGUAAUGUUGUCACCUGUGGGCCUGAUUAGAUUGUGGUUAUGAAUAUGAUUAUAAUUGUCUUUAUGAUAAUGAGACAUGAAAGAUUAAACUAUGUAAUACAUACCUGUUUAUGUUGUACAGAGGUGUUAGGGGGACAGGAGUGGGGGUCUGUGGGGGCCAGCACCCCUCCCCAUACCAUCAGCACCCCUCUCUGUUACUGACAUUGUCAUUGUAGUAGUGUAUUUACGGUCUGCCUGCCACCCCCAGGAUCAAGUGUUGCUCAUUCACUGGUUCAACAUGGCUAGGAUGGCUGGGACUCAGGUUACCCCCAGGGCCGGCAUUUGAGGUCUGGACCCAGAGAUGGGAAGGGAAGGAGUGGGCAACUCUUUUCAUAUUACUCAUUCAGUCACCUUCACAAACCUCUUCCUUUUCAACUCCUCUUCCUCCUCCUCCUCCUCUUCCUCAUCCUGCUCCUCCUCCACUGUUUCCCAUCUCCACACAUAUGCAUGUGCGCAGGUGUGUUUAUAAACGUUUAUAAUGGAGGGGGAUUAUCAUUCUAGAUGUCCUGCUGCAUGUCUUUCCUGUGGCGCUAAACCUCCUCCUACAGUAAGAUGGAAGACAGCAGCCUAGUAUCGUAUUACCUUAUGCACGAUGAAAGUACCAGACUACCAGAUGGAGGAGAUGUGGGCCUAGCUCUCUCUUUUCCUCUCUCCUCUCCUUGUCUUCCUCCUGUGACGUGGUUUGUUGGGCCAUGUUUCCAGUUGGCAUGGGGAGAGUUGCCUCCUCAGCACAUCCAUACAAACAAUCCAUUAGCCUAUCUAGUUAAGUGUAUCUCGGUGCCUGACGCAACAGGAGCAGCAGCAGGCCAGAGCAGACACACAACAUUCCCUCCCUCUCCAUCUCCCUUCCCCCCACCACAGCCUGCCAAUCACUCCCUCUCUGGUAAAAUGCAACAAGGUGGAGAGGAGAGUAGGUGUCCAAAACACUUAGCGAGGAGAGAUACUGGAAUGAUGAUAGACUUCAGAAAACCCCACCCAACACAGAUAGUGCCUAACAUUCUCUCACAUUUCAGCAAUAUUUUCAUCUCUUGCACCAGGUAUUGCUGUAGCGUUGCAGUUACUAUUGUAAUUAAGAAUCCUAGAAUCGUAAUGAAUACAUCCAGUUGAUUUAAGUGAAAAUGCUCUGCAACGCUUGCAUUAGCUAAUUAUUAGUGAGUUUUAAAGGAUUUAUCAAUCCUUAGAAUCCAUACUGAAAGCUUUGGAGGAGCUAAGCCAGAGCUUGGUUGGGGCACGGGGGUGGCAGAGGCUCUAAAGAGAUCUUGAUUGACGGGACACAGGGGCGCUUUGGUGAUGUCACUCAAGCUCCGGCAGUCUUUUGAUGAGUUAGAGUUCACUUUAUUAGCAUGAGCAUACUCUUUGUCCCGCAUAAUUGUGGGUUUUAAACUGUGUGUUUGUGUUCUGGUCUGGCAUUGAGUUGUUUUGAGGCUUCCUAAAGGAUCUGCCAGCCAUUCAGUGGGUUGCCUCUGGUCCUGUCCAGCCGUCUAGGGCACCAGUGAAUCCCCCUCAGAGAGUGUCUGUAGGCGGACCACGGCCUGCCCUCCAGAAUGCAAAUCCAACUCUGGACAAAGACUCCUCACGCUGACUGGACAACCCCUUCCCACAAUGCUUUGAAACGCAGGGCCUGGGACAGAGUGAUGAGAACAUUUCUGUGGCUAAUCUCUGGACAAAUAAACCUCUAUAGGAACACACACACACACAAACCAGUGGAGGCUGGUGGGAGGAGCUAUAGAAGGACGGGCUCAUUGUAAUGACUGGAAUGGAAUUGAUGGAACGGAGUCAAACGUGGUUCACAUAUGUUUAAUGUAUUUGAUACCGUUCCAUUUAUUCCAUUACAGCUAUUACAAUGAGCCUGACACACACACACACACACACAGACACACACACACACACACACACACACACACACACACACACACACACACACACACACACACACACACACACACACACACACACACACACACACACACACACACACACACACACACACUUGAGUAUGUCUUGCCUCCAGCUUUCAGUGAACAGUUGCUAAUAGGGGUGACAGUGGCAAGCAGAUUCCCUUGCUCUUUAGCUUCCCUCUUAUAAAAAGAGGUGAUUCCCCAUUCUCAUUAUGUGCACACAAGUGAUAUACAUGAAUACACACACACCCUUAAUGUCAGUGAGCUGGAUUUCUGUCUAAUCUCUGGGGAAGGCAGUGUGUCUCUGUUGGUCUCAGUGGUUUUGUCCCAGCUUUAUGUGGGCCUGCUGCCUAACUCAGAGCUUAGGCAGAGCUUUCUGAAAACGUCCAUAUUUCACUGUUUCACAGCACCCCACUUACUGUCCAGGGUCCAAAUGAGCUAAUUCCAUUAGAGGGCCUUUAAAGCCUGUGCACAGCUGUGUGGGUGGGAGUGGUAAAUGGGAUCCAUGUCACAUCGGCCUAUAACUCACUCCCAGCUACUCUCCACAGAAGGCUGGAUGAGAGAGAGCGAGAGAGAAAGAGGGAGAGAAUACACCAUCUCAGCUUUUCGUUUUGGGCAGGCCACCGGUUGCUGACGUCUUUAACGUCAGCUCAUACUCCUCCUUUCUCUCUCUCUUUCUCUCUCUCUCUCUCUCGCUCUCUCUCUCUCUCCGUCACCCCCGCCAGCAUCCGGACAAUUAGUCAUAAGAGGGAAGGAAAGAGAAACGCAACACCAUAGCAGCAUCUGCAUAUCCACUGGCCCCCUGUUGAUAUCAGUUGUCUAGCGAGUGGAUCAUUCUUCUCUGUGCAGUAUCAUAGUUCUGUGUUCGUUCUGGUUUUAGACAAGAAUAAUUUCCAUUGUGUCGCUGAUGAUUUCCACAGCAUAAGCCCUGCACAUCUGUAAAAGCUUCUUAUCAUUGUGUUCUCACAAACUGUAGAGUGACUCUGUUAGGGAUGUAAUGGGCACCCUCUUUUUCAAAAAGAUGUGGCAAUUCCUUCUAGAAAAAUCAGAACGUCGUAUACCUGACGAGAGCUGCUGCUGAGAUCGUCUAUAUCUAGAGCGACGAGCUCUCGAGAUAGAUCUAGAUCGAGAGUCUCUCUCUCGAUAUCUAUCUCUUCUUCCCUAUCCCGCUCCCUAUCACUCUCUAUCUCUCUCUCUCUCUCUCUCUCUCUCUCUCUCUCUCUCUCUCUCUCUCUCUCUCGCCUCUUCUCUCCUCUUCUUAUUCCAAACCUUCUCUCCAUCCCUCUCUCUUAGGUUGAUAAAGUAUGUGGGCCUCUCACAGACACUCCAUCAGUGACAAGCAUACGUUCCACGCUGGAGGUCAUGACCUCUGUGAGUACCUCCCCGACCUCGACGGCCACGAUGCCCUCCCCAGCUGAGGUCACACUGGAUCACUUGUCGCAUACCAUGAGGUGAGAGAGAGAGAGAAGCGGCCAUAGUGGCUGGUCAGCUGCCUUUGAGUGGUUGGUGUUGUAGCAUGUCUUUGCACAUUGCAAUUUGAGUUAUUUAUAAGCACACUUUUACCAUAUAUAUUAAUAUAUUUUUUGUCAAACAAGCUUUCUUUAUCAUUAUGCGUUCUUUACGUUUUGAAGUUCACUGUCUUCCCUCUCCUUCACCUUGACUUGUGUUUGAUUUUAUAUUAUACCCCUGCUAUUCCCACAUCAUCUCCUCUCUCCUCCUAUCUCCUCCCUCUCUCCCUGACCAUGAUCACAUCCUCCCAGGUCCUUACCUCUGAAACCAUCCAAGAAUAAUAAGCCUAGAAGUCUGAAAAAGAUAUCUAGGUAAGCAUGAAGCCCGGCAUCUCCCCCUCUCUCAUUAAUGUGGCCAUCUGGGAUGGAGUACAGGGAUUGACCACCAGCGACACAUUAUUUCACCUUAAUAAAUAUACAUACAGUGCCUUCAGAAAGUAUUCACAGAAAGUAUUAUGGGGUAUUUUGUUGUGUUACAACCUGAAUUUAAAAUUUAUUAAAUUGAGAUUUUGUGUCACUGAUCUAUCUACACACCCCAUAAUGUCAAAGUGGAAUUAUGUUUUUAGAAAUGUUUACAAAUUAAUUUAAAAUGAAAAGCUGAAAUGUCUUGAGUCAAUACGUAUUCAACCCUUCUGUUAUGGCAAGCCUAAAUAAGUUCAGGACUAAAAAUGUGCUUAACAAGUCACAUAAUAAGUUGCAUGCACUCACUCUGUGUGCAAUAAUAGUGUUUAACAAGUUUUUUAAAUGACUACCUCAUCUCUGUACCCCACACAUACAAUUAUCUGUAAGCUCCCUCAGUCGAGCAGUGGAUUUCAAGCACAGAUUCAACCACAAAGACCAAUGAGGUUUUCCAAUGGUUCGCAAAGGGCACCAAUUGGUAAAUGGGUAUAAAAACAACAGACAUUGAAUAUACCUUUGAGCAUGGUGCAGUUAUUAAUUACACUUUGGAUGGUGUAUCAAUACACCCAGUCACUACAAAGAUACAGGCACCCUUCAUACAGUGCAUUCGGAAAGUAUUCAAACCCUUAACUUUUUCCACAUUUUGUUACGUUACAGCCUUAUUCUAAAAUUGAUUAAAUAUUUUUUUCCCCUCAACAAUCUACACACAAUACCCCAUAAUGGGAAAGUGAAAACAGGUUUUUAGAAAUGUUUGGAAAUGUAUUAAAAAUAAAAAACAGAAAUACCUUAUUUACGUAAGUAUUCAGACCCUUUGCAAUGAUUCUCGAAAUUGUGACCAAGGUGACCAAGAACCCGAUGGUCAGCUCCAGAGUUCCUUUGGAGAACCUUCCAGAAGGACAACCAUCUCUGCAGCACCACCAAUCACACCUUUAUGGUAGAGUGGCCAGGCGGAAGACACUCCUCAGUAAAAGGCACAUGACAACCCGCUUGGUGUUUGCCAAAAGGCACCUAAAGGACUCUCAGACCAUGAGAAACAAGAUUCUCUGGUCUGAUGAAACCAAGAUUGAACUCUUUGGCCUGGAGGAAACCUGGCACCAUCCCUACAGUGAAGCAUGGUGGUGGCAGCAUCAUGCUGUGGGGAUGUUUUUCAGCGGCAGGGACUGGGAGACUAGUCAGGCUCGAGGGAAAAAUGAACGGAGCAAAGUACAGAGAGAUCCUUGAUGAAAACCUGCUCCAGAGUGCUCAGGACCUCAGACUGGGGCGAAGGUUCACCUUCCAACAGGACAAUGAGCCUAAGCACACAGCCAAGACAACGCAGGAGUGGCUUCGGGACAAGUCUCUGAAUGUCCUUGAGUGGCCCAGCCAGAGCCUGGACUUGAACCCGAUCAAACAUCUCUGGAGAGACCUGAAAAUAGCUGUGCAGCGACGCUCCCCAUCCAACCUGACAGAGCUUGAGAGGAUCUGUAGAGAAGAAUGGGAGAAACUCCCCAAAUACAGGUGUGCCAAGCUUGUAGUGUCAUACCCAAGAAGACUCAAGUCUGUAAUCGCUGCCAAAGGUGCUUCAACAAAGUACUGCGUAAAGGGUCUGAAUACGUAUGUAGAUGUGAUAUUUAAGUUUUUUAUUUUUAAUACAUUUGCAAAUAAAAACCUGUUUUUGCUUUGUCAUUAUGGGGUGAUGUGUGUAGAUUGAUGAGGGGGGGGGGAAUUGAAUCCAUUUUAGAAUAAGGCUGUAACAUAACAAAAUGUGGAAAAAGUCAAGGGGUCUGAAUACUUUCCGAAUGCACUGUAACUGAGGAUGGAUCAAUAACAUUGUAGUUACUCCACAAUACUAACAUAAAUGACAGAGUGAAAAGAAAGAAGCCUAUACAGAAUACAAAUAUUUCGAAACAUGCAUCCUGUUUGCAAUAAGGCACUAAAGUAAUACUGCAACAAAUGUGGCAAAGAAAUGAACUUUUUGUCCUGAAUACAAAGCGUUAUAGUUGGGGCAAAUCCAACACAUCACUGAGUACCACUUCAUAUUUUAAAGCAUCGUGAUGGUUGCAUCAUGUUAUGGGUAUGCUUGUCAUCGGCAAGGACUAGGACGUUCUUUAGGAUAAAAAGGAAUAGAGCUAAGCACAGGCAAAAUCCUAGAGGAAAACUUGGUUCAGUCUGCUUUCCACCAGACACUGGGAGACAAAUUACCUAAAACACAAGGCCAAAUAUACACUGGAGUUGCUUACCAAGAUGACAUUGAAUGUUCCUGAGUGACGUAGUUACAGUUUUUACUUAAAUCGGCUUGAAAAUCUAUGGCAAGACUUGGAAUUGAAAAUCUAUGGCAAGACUUGGAAAUGGCUGUCUAGCAAUGAUCAACAUCCAACUUGACAGAGCUUGAAGAAUUUUUUAAAGAAUAAUGGGCAAAUAUUUUACAAUCCAGGUGUGCAAAGCUCUUAGAGACUUAACCAGAAAAACUAAAAGCUGUAAUCGCUGCCAAAGGUGAUUCUAACAUGUAUUGACUCAGGGGGUGGAAUACUUAUCUAAUCAAGAUAUAUUAGUGUUUUAUUUUCCAUUAUUAUUAUUAUUAUUAUUAUUAUUAUUAUAUAUUAUAUAUUUUUUCUACUUUGACAUUACAGAGUAUUUUGUGUAGAUCAUUGACUAAAAGAAUGACAAUUAAAUCCAUUUUAAUCCUACUUUGUAACACAACAAAAUGUGGAAAAAGUCAAGGGGUGUGAAUACUUUCUGAAGGCACCUCAAUAAAUAUACAGUACAUUCGAUUCUAUGAUAUUGUGGUUAUGAUCAGCGCCCCCCACCCUCUCUCGCUCUCCCCUCUCCCCUCUCCUCUCUCUCUCUCCCUCUUCCUCGCUCUCUCCUCUACCUCAGAGAGUUUAUGGGCUAUAUCCAGCGCUACAGGUCCUUCUUCUCUGCCUUGCCAGAGAUGCUCUGUGAGAGUGAGAUGGUGGUGGAUGACUUCACCUGCUGGAACGGGGAGGACGUGGUGGAGAGGUAGGAAUGGACUCUUUCUAUUGGUCUACAUCUGUGUCUGUCACACUUAAUGGGCUUAGCCUUUCUGGUACGUUCUCUUUACAGGUCUUGUUGCCCAUUAAAAGAGAAAGGUUAUUUUGAAUCUUUAACACAUGAGUUGUGACGUCAUUACACAUUAAGGCAAGUCACAUGACCCUUUCCUAUCCCAUUACGGGAAAUUAAUGUAGUUGAUGAUAACAUAAAAGCACAUUCAACCAGGUUCAAAAGCAAUCAAAUCUCCUGGUCAAGCUCCUCAAUAUAAGCCCUUAUUGACAUCUGAGGGCAUUGGUUCUGGUUUUGAGGACCUAGAAGAGUCCUCGAAUGUCUGGUGUAAGAGGAGUCAAACCAGCGAGGGUGCAUGGGGAUACUGAGUUAAACCAGGGGGCCUGUAGACAUUUGGAUGCCAUGGAUAUUGGGAGCAUGGCCCUGGACCGUUUCUACACACAUGUAGAAACGCACAUUGAAGCACACGCACACAAGGGUGCUCGUACACACACACACACACACACACACACACACACACACACACACACACACACACACACACACACACUCACACUCUGCCACGUACCCUGCCACUCUGUCCUAUAAUAACGUUGGUCGUCCUGGUUACUGUUGAGCCGGAUAGAAAGCCCAUACAGCAUAGACCACAGUGUAAACAGUUUGGUGUACUUAUCUGACCUCCCAUUCUGACCAGCUCUCCUUGAGUGUUCUGGGCUGGUCCCCCCCUCUGGCCCUGGUGCAGAACAGCUUCCCCUUCUCUGCUGUGGAGUAG